GCCCAUUCAAUUACAAGAUAAUACAGCUUCUUCUUCCAGAAAAGUGCUUCUUCGAGGUGAUGGAGAUAAGCGCACUUGUUGUGUGUGUAUUUGGGACUUUUCACAUACUCUUAUUUCAUAAUAAAUUAUAUUAUCUAUUCGUAGUAACGGGUGUCAAAAACACUAAAAUAAUGAAGAAAGGGCAUCUAUUUUCGCUAGGAAGGCUACGUGUGUAGGGUCAAAUUUGCGAGGGUAUAACAAAUUGAGACUUAAUGUUUUAUAAAGGAUGUACUUUUUGCCCCAAGAGUCAACACAUGGCUCCAUGGUCGCGCAUGGUAUCCACUCGUCAACGGAAUCUGCCUCUCCGGACCACUGCACCAAGAAGCGGUAAUAAUAACCCUAUAACAAUUUACGGAACAGCUAGGCAAACGAGUGGGUUCACUCUUCCACUGCGGGGAAUCGAGGGGCGAGUCUGUUCGCUGUAUAUAUACAGCCAAAUGAGCCAAUGCACAGCCUUUGUUGUGGAUCGGGCGAAUCAUUCAUUGUCUCCACAAGAAUAGUUUAAAAGGAAUAAUGUAAAAAUCAACCGAUAUUGUCUGGUUACUGUCAAUGGCAGUAGUACACUGGGAGUAAAAUAGCGUUGAGCGGAGGAAUAGACCUACAUCGUUCUGAGCUGAGAGCACGGCGAACAAAUCACCACGACAUGGCCAUUUCGCCUAUAUUUGUUCCUCAAUCGAAGACUUUUCUCGGUAUAUUAUUCUUCCUAUCGGGCGUAUGUGGUUUCUCUCCUGUCCAAGCUGGGCUUGAGAGUAGUGACUUACCAGGCUUGAAGAUGAUGACAUUUUGGAAUGACUGGGUUGAAGAGAACAUUCUAUCAUCUCUCAGGGUUGGUGAGGAAUCGUAUAAAUCAAAAUGUUUCACUGAGAUUGAGCAGAUCUUCACAGAAGGAGGAGAGAAGCGGAAUACAAUCAUAGAUGCAACAGGCAAGCCAUCCUCGGGGAUCUUACAGGGUAAUGUCGCCUGGUUAGGAGAUUUCAGGCAGUGUAUGGACGCUACAGAUCUUCACUACUGUCUCCUCAAGUUACCAAUACACGCAGAGGCAUUUAGCAGGAGGGUGAGUGGUUCAUUGUCACUUGGUGUCUGCGUUCCUGAAGAAUGUUCAGGAAAGGAUAUCAAUGAUGCCAUAAAAUUCAUUGAUAUUUUAUUAUUUAACGGUACUAAGAAUCUGAUGAUCCACUGCAGUGAUAGACUAAAUCCAUUAAGCGAUUCUGGGUUCAUAUGCACCAUAGUGUUUCUGUCACUGCUUUGUGCACUCUGUCUGGGCGCAACGGCUUAUGAGAGUUAUCGCCAUCACUAUACCAACAUAUCGGAUGAAGAAAGUAUACCCAUACUUCAACGGCAGUCUUCUUGCAAUAGCAAUGAACAUAGUCUAAGAAAGACUGAAAUAGAUGAUUCUAAAGAUCUGUCAACGUGGCGGCGGUGUUUUCUAUGUUUCUCUCUGAGUCGUUCUAUAAAUCAAAUCACUUCAACGAUAUCAGCGAAAGAUGACAUUGUGUGUCUUCACGGAAUGAGAGUUAUUAGUAUGUUCUGGAUAAUAAUGGGACAUUCAUUCAGUUUCCAACAAAAAUCGCAAGCACUUGCUGAUAUAUUGUGGGUGUACACCGGUCCCGCUAAAUGGUUUACAAGUCAAGUUAUAUACAGUGCUUACGUCGCCUUAGAUACAUUCUUUUUCCUUGGCGGUCUCCUUGUUGCCUAUACAGGGUUCAAAUACAUGGCAAAGUCUGUUGGAAGAGUGAACUGGUUAAUUGCAAUAGUUCAUCGUUAUCUCAGAAUAACACCGGCAAUGGCCGUCAUGAUUCUUUUAUACACCUUUGUGUACCCGUAUCUUGGUGAGGGACCUUUCUGGCAUUUACGAGUCCAAGAUACCCUAGCCUGUUACGAUUGGUGGUGGACCAACUUCCUUUACAUCAACAAUUUCGUGCCAUCGAAUACAUCCUCCGGGUGCUUAUCCUGGUCGUGGUAUCUUGCCACGGACAUGCAGCUAUUUCUGCUUUCAAUCAUCCUCAUCGUUCUCAUCUGGUGGUUUCCAGUUAUUGGCAUCUUUGUAUUAUGUCUUCUGACAGUCACCAGUAUCAUCAUACGUGCUGUUCUCUUUUCUGUGAGGGAGUACCAAGCAACUCAAUUUGCCAAUGCACUAGUCGGUCAUCAUGGUGAUAUGUCCAUGUUCAUCUUCUCUGUAAAGCCUUAUGCUAAUGCCACGCCAUACUUGAUCGGUAUUGCCAUGGGAUAUAUUCUGCAUAUACUAAAGAACAAAAGAGUUCCAAGAUUGCAUGUGAUCAUAGUUGUACUUGGUUGGUUGACAUCCUUUGCCAUUGGAAUGUCCCUGGUGUAUGGUCUGUAUAGUAUUUUCGAUCACCCAGGGAUGGAGCUCGUUCCUCUGGACAAGACUCUUAAUGUUCUGUAUGGCAGCAUCGGCAAACUUGCCUGGACAUUGGCUAUGUCCUGGGUAGUCUUCUCCUGUCAUCAUGGCUACGGAGGUGUGAUAAAUCGAUUUCUUUCCUGGAGAUUGUGGAUCCCUUUGUCUCGAUUGACGUUCUGUGCGUAUCUACUACAUCCUGCUAUUAUUUAUCUCUUCACUGGAACCGUUACAACGAGCUACAAUGUAACCGUCAUCGAUCAGAGUUUUCUUUUCGCUGGUUUCGUCACGAUCAGCUACUCAGCAGCUUCCAUCCUCUCUUCGUUGAUUGAGAUGCCGAUAGGAAGUCUUCAAAAAAUGUUCCUAAAGAGAUAAUUCAUACUUUGAGUUUUGACACCAAUUAUUGUUUGGUGUAAAAAUAAGUGAAUCUCUGGAAAAUAAUGUUCAACUGAAGAAGCCAAGAAACUCAAACAGUAUAAGCAAUAACAUAACAUGAACUAAGAAGACACGGGAACAUAAUUGAGUUGAACUCGAAGAAGUAUGGUAGGGCACUAGUAUAUUGAAAUGACCCCUGUGCCUCACUAUAACCUCAUAUCAUAAUUAAGUAAAUUAUUUUAUUCAAUUUAAGGAAUAUUAAACAAUCGUAAAAGAGAAUGGAAGAGCUAAUUAAAAUUUACGAGAGCAAUUUAUAAAAGAAUAUCAAUUAAGAGAUAAGUGGAUGGAGAUGAAUAACAUGUUAAUAAUAAUAAUUGUGGCUACUUACCGGUAUAUAGCGCACAGGCCUUAUCUACCUUUCGGUGCUCAUGGCGCUUUAAAAAAAGACCCUGCUAUUAUUGCUAUAAUUUGGAUGAUUAUGUUGAACAAAAUAAUCAGAUGUGAGAAUGAUGAAUGAAUUUGGAGGAUAAAAUAAUAAGGUAUCUUUAUUGUUACUGUAAAAUGAUUGGCAUUCUUUAGCUUGAAAUAUUUUUGAAAUAUAUUUGUUUUUAAUAUGUCCGCUAUUUUUAUGAAGUCAUAGAAAAUGAGGAUAUGUUUAAAAUAAUAUAUGGUGCUAAUGGGUUAUCUAUUUAUCCACUUGCCUACAUGUAUGACUAGAAAAAUUAAGAUUGUUUUCUGUAUGAUUAUACAUCAUUUAAAAUAUCUGAACUAAUGAGAAAUUUAUUUGCUAUGUAUUUUAUUUUGUGUAUUUCUCAAGUAUUGCAUUGUGUGUGUUUUUUUGCAAAACUCAAAAGUUAAUAAGAUAAUUAUGUGCUUUGAAUUUGUUCACGGGGGUAGCGAGUUACAAUGUCAUGAUGAUACAAUUACUUUUUUCAUUGUUGAAUUGUAGAAAAAAAAUUCUUAUUCCAAUCGAUAUGUAAUUGGAGUACUUCAGGGCACAGGCGGAUCCGGGGGGGGGGGCACAGCCGGCCCGCCCCCCCCCCCCCUUUGAAAGGCACAAUUAAACUUUGUACUGUAAAUAUGCCGUUAAAACACAAGUGUCCCCCCUCCCCUUUGACUUUGAAAGUGAGGACCUUUUUUUUUUCUUCUUUUUUGUACUUGCUUGUCAAAUUUUUUCGUGGACCAAAUGUCCUUAAUUUUGGGGUGAAAACCUUUUUUUUUUAACCCUGGAUCCGCCCCUGCUUCAGGUUUUUUUCCCGUUUGCGCUAAAUAUUGGUAUGUUUUACAUUCCAAGCUGUAUUGAUAUUCUAUUUCCAAGGCAGUGUGUGUACUUAUGUUUCUAAUGUGUUAUUAAAAUGUGGCGAUAACACUGGUAUUUCUUUUUUUUUAUACAAAUUCUAUUUUGUUAAUACUUUUUAUAUUAAAAUGAAAAUGUAACUAAA